AUGCAAUUCAACCACAAGAAUGGGCAACUAACACAGUGUUCUGCUGUGGAUGGGCAAACAUGCCCCAGAGUCAGAAUAAAGUGCGAAAUUGAAGAAAGAAAUGAAUGCACAAGGCACAGACACUGUCCCAACAAGAAGAGAUGCUGCAUGUUCAGCUGUGGCAAGAAAUGCUUAGACCUCAAACAAGAUGUAUGCAGUCUUCCACAGGAUCCUGGCCCCUGCAUGGCUUACUUUCCACGCUGGUGGUAUAAUAAAGAAACUGAGGUCUGUACUGAAUUCAUCUAUGGUGGCUGCAAAGGGAAUCCUAACAACUUCCAAACUGAACAUAUCUGCAGAGUUGUCUGCAAAAAGAAAAGUGUUCACAUCUGUUCACAGCCCUCUGUAUGCAGAUGUUCACAUCUGUUCACAGCUCUCUGUAUAAAGAUGUUCACGUCUGUUCACACUUCUAUGUAUGCAGUCAUUCAUAAGUGGAAAUGUAUAAGGGAGCUUGGACAAUUUGGAAACAGGGUCAUCCAGGCCAACUGA